AUGACGUCGCUAAAAAGUAGCUUCGCUAUCCCUAGGAUUUUUUAUCGACUAGCGUCUACACUGGCACAACGUCCACGGGUCUUUUUUGAUAUUUCCAUUAGUGGCAAAAAUGCGGGUAGGAUUAUUAUGGAAUUAUACAGUGAUAUUGUUCCAAAAACGGCUGAGAAUUUCCGCGCAUUGUGUACUGGUGAAAAAGGAGUUGGUAAUUCAGGGAAACCAUUGCACUACAAAGGAUCGAAAUUCCACCGGAUAAUCCCAAAUUUUAUGAUUCAGGGUGGUGAUUUCACACGAGGGAAUGGAACUGGUGGAGAAUCUAUAUAUGGAGCGAGGUUUGAUGACGAAAAUUUCAAGCUUCGGCAUGACGGUCCAGGUACUUUGAGUAUGGCUAAUGCAGGUCCAAACACUAACGGCUCACAGCUGGAUGGUAAACAUGUGGUGUUCGGCAAAGUUUUGGAUGGGAUGGACGUUGUAGAAGCGAUUGAGAAGCAGGGUUCUCACACUGGAAGGCCAACUACGUCAGUUGUGAUUCGUGAUUGCGGAGAAUUGAAAGUUGAAACUUGA